AUGGGCUGUACGCGCGGAUUGAUAGGGAAGCUUCGCAUGCAGGGGCUGCAUCCGGUCCAGAAGGUUUGGAAUGAUGAUGCCCAGAUCAAGGAGCUGGAGCAGCAGCCUGAAGCAGUUGAGGCGGCAGCAUUGGAUUUCUUGUUUCCUUCCAAAGUGGAGGUCUUGGGCCAGAUUGGCCGCUAUGUCGGGCAAGGUCAUGGACAAGCAAUGGUGGUCAAGGUCCCUCGAGCCGAUGGGCCCAUGACAGUCAUGCAAAAUCGACAAGUCCUAGGCUCUCGGUUACUUUUGGUAUGCCUUGCUUGGCGUGUCCGCGUGUCUGGCUUGAAGAUACGGGCAGCGUGCGUGAGCAAGGCAGA